AUGAAGGUCGAAAUCUGCUCGUUCUCUCAGAGGAAGAUCUACCCUGGCCAGGGUAGGCUCUACGUUCGUGGAGACAACAAGGUCUUCCGCUUCAACACGCACAAGAGCGAGUCGCUCUUCCUGCAGCGCAAGAACCCGCGCAAGCUCGCCUGGACCGUCCUCUACCGCCGCAUGCACAAGAAGGGCAUCACCGAGGAGGUUGCCAAGAAGCGCUCGCGAAAGGCGGUCAAGCACCAGCGUGGCAUCGUCGGUGCCUCGCUCGAGGCCAUCGCCGCCCGCCGCAACCAGAAGCCCGAGGUCCGUGCCGCUGCUCGCCAGCAGGCCCUCGCCAAGUCCAAGGAGGACAAGAAGGCCCGCGCCGAGGUCCGCAAGGCCAACAAGGCCAGCGCUACUGGCGCUGGUGGAUCUGGCCCCAAGGUUUCGCGACAGCAGGCCAAGGGUGGUGCCGGUGGCAAGGUCCGAGUCUAA